CUCAACUUAAAUUAUAGUUCCUAUUAAGAUUUCCUUAUUCCUAUUUCCUAUUAAGAAUAACGCAGUGCUAAUGCCAAUACAACGGCAGGAAACACCUCCCGGGAGACCGAGAAAGAACACCUUGUUGAGAAGGUGCGAUGUUUGUUAUGGGGAAAUACCCGACUUCGAUGAGAGGCUGGAAGCCGUAUGUCUUUGUGAGGGAAUUGAAACACAGUUCCACUAUCGCUGCCUGUGUAACAAAAUACGGCAAUUUGAAGCUGCGAAUCCUGGAGUCAACGCAACGUGUGGGGAUUGCAAUUCACCUUACAACAUUUUUCCGAAAAAGGGGUGCAUGACCAACUUUGUAGAGGCCUAUGGAAGCAAAAUAAUCACCUGGCUAGAUUUCUACACUCAUGUCGUGUGUGUUUACGUGUUUUCUGAGGCGGCACUCACUACGUACGGUCUCAUGGCGCUUGCUUACAUCUAUGGGACAGAGGGGGCCAAGAAGAUUGUACUGUCCCUGCAUCCAAUCAUUGCUGUGACGCUAUGCAUGAGCAUACCCUACUCUGCCAUUUUCAUAGAUAUCUUUCCAUGGGAGGAGAUGGUGUUGUAUGGCUUACGCAGAUGCUCUAACUUACCAGUUAUCGGAAGAAUCUUUCCGGAAGAAUUUCCAAAUGCUGUACAGGAAGAGCCUAGGAAUACGUCUUACUAUCAAAUCGUUGGAGGAGGAAUGAUGCUGCCAGUUUAUGCUAAACUCGUGGGAGAUAUUUGGUUUAGUGGCACUGACUCAAUAUUGCACCGCCUGGUACUUGGCGGCAUUGCGUUCAUUGCUGUCAGAGGGAUCCUGUUAAUUGGGCGCCGAGCCUCCCGCAGCGCCGCCCCACAGCCGCCGCCGCCCUCACCGCCCCGCAAGCAGCAGUCGCCGUCCAAGCGUGCCAGCGCCGCACACGCGCCCGCCCCCGCGCCCGCCGCCAACAAGAAAAUGGGCGACGAGAAGUCGCCGGCACAACAAGCCAUCCUCAACAAUACCAAGUCUAGCGCUAAAAUUAUCGACUCUCUGAAGAAACAGACUCACUUCUCCAG